CUGCUGGCGCUGGUCCUUUGCCCCGGGAACCCCUGCCUGGGCGCCGACUCGGACAAUCCCUCCUGGAUCCCACCAGAUAAGUUAUUAGUCAUAACUGUAGCAACAAAAGAAAGUGAUGGAUUCCAUCGAUUUAUGCAGUCUGCUAAAUACUACAAUUACACUGUGAAGGUCCUUGGUCAAAGAGAAGAGUGGAGAGGUGGCGAUGGAAUCAAUAGUAUUGGAGGGGGCCAAAAAGUGAGAUUAAUGAAAGAAGCCAUGGAGCAGUAUGCCAGUCAAGAAGAUCUGGUUGUGUUGUUUACUGAAUGUUUUGAUGUCCUACUUGCUGGUGGUCCAGAGGAAGUUUUGAAAAAAUUUCAAAAGGCGAACCACAAAGUAGUCUUUGCAGCUGACGGAAUUCUGUGGCCAGACAAAAGGCUUGCAGACAAGUACCCUGUUGUGCACAUUGGAAAGCGCUACCUGAAUUCAGGAGGAUUUAUUGGCUAUGCACCAUCUAUCAGUCGCAUAGUUCAACAAUGGAAUCUCCAGGAUAAUGAUGAUGACCAGCUCUUUUACACUAAAAUUUAUAUUGAUCCGGUACAAAGAGAAGCUAUUAAUAUCACACUGGAUCACAAAUGCAAAAUUUUCCAGACCUUAAAUGGAGCUUUAGAUGAAGUUGUUUUGAAGUUUGAAAAUGGCAAAGCCAGAGCUAAGAAUGUUUUCUAUGAAACGUUACCAGUGGUACUUAAUGGAAAUGGUCCCACCAAGAUUGUGCUCAAUUAUUUUGGAAACUAUAUACCUAACGCAUGGACACAGGAGAGUGGCUGCAAACUUUGUGAUUUGGAUGUAAUUGACUUGUCCACAGUACAUGUCUAUCCAAAUGUAACUAUAGGCGUUUUUAUUGAGCAAGCUACUCCUUUCCUGGCUCGAUUUCUAGACUCGUUGUUGACGUUGGAGUACCCCAAGGAAGCACUUAAACUUUUCAUUCAUAACAAAGAAGUUUAUCAUGAAAAGGACAUCAAAACAUUCUUUGAUAAAGCUAAACACGAAAUCAACACUAUAAAAAUAGUAGGACCAGAAGAAAAUCUAAGUCAAGCUGAAGCCAGAAAUAUGGGAAUCGGAGUGUGGAAUGUACCAUAUAUGGCUAAUGUGUACUUAAUUAAAGGAGAGAUUCUGCGGUCAGAGAUGAGGGAAAGGAACUAUUUUGUUCGUGAUAAAUUGGAUCCCGAUAUGGCUCUUUGCCGAAAUGCUAGAGAAAUGACUUUACAAAGGGAAAAAGACUCCCCUACUCCGGAAACAUUCCAAAUGCUCAGCCCCCCAAAGGGUGUGUUUAUGUACAUCACCAAUAGACAUGAAUUUGGAAGGCUGUUAUCCACUGCUAAUUACAAUACUUCUCAUUAUAACAAUGACCUCUGGCAGAUAUUUGAAAAUCCAGUGGACUGGAAGGAAAAGUAUAUAAACCCUGAUUAUUCCAAGAUUUUCACUGAAAAUUUGGUUGAACAGCCUUGUCCAGAUGUCUUUUGGUUUCCCAUCUUUUCUGAAAAAGCCUGCGAUGAAUUGGUGGAAGAAAUGGAACAUUAUGGCCAGUGGUCUGGGGGGAAACAUCAUGAUAGCCGUAUAUCUGGUGGUUAUGAAAAUGUCCCAACCGAUGAUAUUCAUAUGAAGCAAAUUGAUUUGGAGAAUGUCUGGCUCCAUUUUAUCCGGGAGUUUAUUGCACCUGUCACACUGAAGGUUUUUGCAGGAUAUUAUACGAAGGGAUUUGCCCUGUUGAAUUUUGUGGUGAAAUACUCACCUGAGAGGCAGCGUUCUCUUCGGCCUCACCAUGAUGCUUCCACAUUCACCAUCAACAUUGCACUCAAUAAUGUGGGAGAAGAUUUUCAGGGUGGUGGGUGCAAGUUUCUAAGGUAUAAUUGCUCCAUUGAGUCACCACGCAAAGGCUGGAGCUUCAUGCAUCCAGGAAGACUCACACAUCUCCACGAAGGACUUCCUGUUAAAAAUGGAACGAGAUACAUUGCAGUGUCGUUUAUAGAUCCCUGA